CCUUCCUUGACAGGAUGGAUGUCGACAAACUUCAAAAUUCCACUGCAAGUGGAAAUACAUCAGUUGUCCAGAGCGAUCCACAUGAUCUUUGGGAGGUUAUUACUAUUGCUACUGUGUCAGCGGUUGUAAGUCUGAUCACAAUAGUGGGGAACAUUCUAGUAAUGCUGUCUUUUAAGGUUAACAGCCAACUGAAGACAGUCAACAACUAUUACUUACUCAGUUUGGCUUUCGCAGACCUCAUUAUUGGAGUGUUCUCCAUGAACCUUUACACUUCUUAUAUUCUGAUGGGAUAUUGGUCUCUGGGAAACUUAGCAUGUGAUCUGUGGCUAGCUCUGGACUAUGUGGCAAGCAAUGCGUCAGUGAUGAAUUUGCUGGUGAUCAGCUUUGAUAGAUAUUUCUCCAUCACAAGGCCACUUACCUACAGGGCUAAGCGAACACCAAAACGUGCAGGUAUCAUGAUAGGCUUGGCAUGGCUAGUCUCCUUCAUCUUAUGGGCCCCUCCAAUUCUAUGUUGGCAGUACUUUGUCGGUAAGAGGACAGUUCCUCCUGACCAAUGCCAGAUUCAGUUCUUCUCAGAACCUGUGAUUACGUUUGGUACGGCUAUAGCAGCCUUUUACAUUCCUGUAUCUAUCAUGACCAUUUUAUACUGGAGGAUCUACAAGGAGACAGAGAAGCGCACGAAAGACUUAGCUGAGCUGCAAGGGCUCACGUCUGUGGACAAACAUGAAAACUCCAAAGCACAAAAGCAAAGAUCUUGCUUUGGCUUUAACACUGAUGGACGCACCACACAGGCCUCAUGGUCUUCAUCCAACCAGAGCAAUGUAACCAAGACUACGGCACAAUCUGAGGACAUGUGGGCAAAGGCAGAGCAGGCCAACACUCUCAACAGUUACACGUCCUCCGAGGAUGAUGAGAGGCCCGUUUCUGAAGCAACGUCUCAAGGAUCCUAUAAAAACCAGGAACCAGAGCCAAACGAGCUGCUGGCCUGUUACGAGGAAAGUCACUAUUUCACUAAUUCCAUUAAGUACUGCUCCCAAAAGAACCAUAAGAAAUGCAUCUCAUACAAGUUCAAGCCAGUCAUAAAGAACAUGAGCCCUCAUAAAGCUAGUGCUGAGGCUGAAAGGAAAACAUCACAUUCUUGUUCUUCAUCAGAACAGUUGGCUCUUUCUUCUACAUCCACUUCGAACAAGCCUAUGGAUCCCAACCUGAAAAACCAGAUCACUAAGCGCAAAAGAAUGGUUCUUAUCAAGGAGAAAAAGGCAGCUCAGACCUUGAGCGCAAUUCUUCUGGCCUUCAUCCUUACUUGGACUCCGUAUAACAUCAUGGUGCUCAUUUCCACCUUCUGCUCCAACUGCAUCCCCGUAUCCCUCUGGCACCUGGGCUACUGGCUCUGCUAUGUCAACAGCACCAUCAAUCCAAUGUGCUAUGCCUUAUGCAACAAAACCUUUCAGAAGACCUUCCGGAUGUUACUCCUUUGCAAGUGGAAGAAGAAUCGUGGGGAGGAAAAACUGCACUGGUGUGGUCAAAAUCCAGCAAUGACCAGCAAGUUGACCUAG